GUCACACAACAGUUAGACUUUGACCACAGGAGCCAAGUCCAAACUCAGUUUAAAAUCUUAGCCAAAUCUUAGCCAAAUCCUACCUGAAGCCAGGGAGCAAAAAUGUCCUCCUGCUUCCUCUGCUUCUGCGAGAACCAACUGCCCUUCUGGGAUCAGGCUCUGGCAGAAACUCACACUGGCAAAUAAAGCUUUCCCAGAAACUCAAUUAACAGGGGACAAUGCCUGCUGUCAAUCAACUUAAGUACCUGGCUCUCUUUCAACACAACAGUCACACAACAGUUAGACUUUGACCACAGGAGCCAAGUCCAAACUCAGUUUAAAAUCUUAGCCAAAUCUUAGCCAAAUCCUACCUGAAGCCAGGGAGCAAAAAUGUCCUCCUGCUUCCUCUGCUUCUGCGAGAACCAACUGCCCUUCUGGGAUCAGGCUCUGGCAGAAACUCACACUGGCAAAUAAAGCUUUCCCAGAAACUCAAUUAACAGGGGACAAUGCCUGCUGUCAAUCAACUUAAGUACCUGGCUCUCUUUCAACACAACAGUCACACAACAGUUAGACUUUGACCACAGGAGCCAAGUACUUAAGUUGAUUGACAGCAGGCAUUGUCCCCUGUUAAUUGAGUUUCUGGGAAAGCCUUAUUUGCCAGUGUGAGUUUCUGCCAGAGCCUGAUCCCAGAAGGGCAGUUGGUUCUCGCAGAAGCAGAGGCAGCAGGAGGACAUUUUUGCUCCCUGGCUUCAGGUAGGAUUUGGCUAAGAUUUGGCUAAGAUUUUAAACUGAGUGUGGGCUUGGCUCCUGUGGUCAAAGUCUAAAAAGGCACCUUUACUAACUAUCCUUUGCAGUACAUACAGGAAACAAAGCAACAUAAACAAAUACACAAAGAGGUGGUUUGUUGCAGUUUGCACAUAAAGUGCGUUCAUAUUACUUAACUGUACAAAGAUCCCACUUGGCCACCACGCUCACCAAGAGAUGCAACAAAAGCAAAACAUUCCCAUCACAUGCACCAGCUGUGGCAUGUUCCGCUUUUUCACACAAAAACUAGACAACUACAUCUGCUCCAAAUGCAAACAGAUGAUUCUGAUGGAGCAGAGGAUCCAACAGCUCGAGCACCGUAUUAAGACCCUUAAGGACAUUCAGGCACUCGAGCUCUUCUUGGACACUGCACAACACGCUGCUGUAGAUCAGCAGCCUGCAUCACACCAACACCACCAAGACCAUGAUCAGGAACCUUAUGGGGAGAUCAACUCAAGGGUAGACAACCCUCAGGCUUGGAAGGAGGUCACCCAUAGAAGGAGACGCAGGACCAGGCAGCCUCCGCAGAACUCCUCUGCUCAGCUGCAUUUACACAACAGAUUUGAAAUUCUUACAUCAUUAACAUACAAUCAGGAAACACAUCUUGUGGAGGACCACAGUUUCUUAGAUACCACUCAGUGGACCACCCUGGAUCAAUGCGCAGGGGAUAGUCCUGACGGGGACAGUGCAUCACCACAGUCACACUUAUGUAAUCAUGCAAAUGCUCCAUCCCCAAUCAUAGACCAGGAGCAACAGGAACAUCCUUGGGAGAGUAAUGGGCUCUCGGAUGUAUCUCAAUGGAUUGUCAUUGAUGAAUGCACUGGGGAUGUUGAGGAGGAGGACAACACUUUACACCUACAUGAUUCACUUCAACAGGAACACUCUUCAGGGGACAUACACACUGUCUUGCACAAAAGGGACCCUGUCAAUCCUCAAAGGAAACAGGUCUUGGUAGUAGGUGACUCCCUCCUUAGAGGAACGGAAGCCAUCAUUUCCAGACCGGAUGGGAUGGCUCGAGAAACAUGCUGCCUCCCGGGGGCAAAAAUACACCAUAUCACUCAGAGGCUCAGCAGGCUCCUAAAGCCCCAUCACCCUCCCCACCUUAUGUUGAUUCAUGUAGGUACCAAUGACACCGCUAGGCAUACUUUUCAAAAGAUCACAAAUGAUUUUCGAGCUCUGGGAACAAAGCUAAAACUGUAUAAUGUACAUGUGUUCUUUUCAUCCCUCCUCCCUGUUGUAGGACACAGCUCUACAAGGGCCGGAAAAAUAGUACAGGUCAAUAACUGGCUCAGAAAAUGGUGUCAAGAGGAGCAUUUUGGCUUCCUUGACCAUGGUCUACUCUUCCAAGAGGAUGGACUACUGGCAAGCGAUGGGGUGCAUCUCACACAAGUAGGAAAACAUCUUUUUGCACACAGACUCACAAACCUCAUCAGGCGCACUUUAAACUAGAUCCACUGAGGGAGGGGAACAACAGCCUGGCGAACACUAUAUUACCCACGACCACAGGGAACCGCCGAAAGGCUAAACGGAGGGCUGCACAAACACAGCAAGGACCAAGUACAGAGAGCACAAUAAUCCCAAAUAAACAGUUCGAGGGGAGGUCACAGGGGGUUACAUGUCUUUACACUAAUGCUCAGAGCAUGGGAAAUAAGCAAGACGAACUCCAACUCCUAGCACAGCACCACACAUACGAUGUCAUAGGCAUCACUGAAACCUGGUGGGAUGACUCCCAUCACUGGAAUUUAACCAUUGAGGGCUAUAACCUCUUUCACAGAAAUAGAACAAAGGGGAGAGGAGGGGGAGUAGCUUUAUAUGUCAAAAACAGUUACGUUGCAGAAGAAAUGCAAGACUGUAAUCCGGGAAACCAGCUUGAAAGCAUCUGGAUAAGAAUCAAGGGAACCAGAACUCAAAAAGAUCUUGUCGUGGGUGUCUACUACAGACCUCCGAGUCAGGAUGAAGGACUUGAUGAAGCCUUCUGUCAACAGCUGACCAAACAGGCACAAAGAAGAGAUAUAGUAGUCAUGGGCGAUUUCAAUUAUCCCGAUAUCUGCUGGAAAACAAACUCAGCCAAGAGUACAAAGUCCAACAAAUUCCUCACUUGCCUUGCAGAUAAUUUUAUGGUCCAGAAGGUAGAAGAGGCAACAAGGGGAUCAGCAACUCUUGAUCUAAUCUUAACAAAUGUGGAAGACCUGAUCAAUACAGUUGAAGUGUUUGGAUCCUUAGGGGCAAGUGACCAUGUGCUCCUGCAGUUUGCAAUACAAAGGAAUGCUGAAACUAAGACAAGUCAAACACGCAUUCUGGACUUUAAGAGAGCUGACUUCCAAAAAAUGAAGGAAUUACUGAGCGGCAUUCCAUGGACGCCGAUAUUAAAAAACAAGGGAGUUAAGGAUGGAUGGGAGUUUUUCAAAAGUGAAAUACUCAAGGCGCAAAUGCAAACAGUGCCAACAAAGAAGAAAAAUAAGACAAGUGCAAAGAAGCCAGAAUGGAUGUCCAAAGAACUUCUAACUGAGCUAAAGCUCAAAAGUGACAUGCACAAGAAGUGGAAAAGGGGAGAAAUCACCAAA